CAUCGUCCUUGCUCAUCCUCAUUUCACAAAAGUUACUUCCUUUGUUCGAUCUGUACAAAGUCUCUCUCUUUUAAGACAGAUUUCUCUCUCCCUCGAAUUCAAACCCUAGAUCUUCGAAAAUAUAUCAUUUUGAAGCUUUGUUUUCACUUUACAAAGAAAUCCCAGAUUACCUUUUCAGAAGUUCUGGAAAUGGCUGAUAGCAAUGCUUCUUCUGGUUCACCUGAAGAAACUCCCAACCCAAAUUCUGAUGGAAAUGCAGCCUCAGAGAGUGACCUUGCACUCGAUACAUUAGCCAGAAAAAUUCACGAAUCUCUUUCUCUUGGAAAGAGGCAUAAAUUUUGGGAAACUCAACCGGUUGGGCAAUUCAAAGAUGCUGGGGACACCAGUUUGAUUGAAGGUCCAAUUGAACCUCCAACGCCUCUAUUGGAGGUCAAACAAGAACCAUACAACCUUCCCAACCUCUAUGAAUGGGUCACCUGUGAUAUUGACUCUGAAGAGACAUGCACCGAGGUUUACAAUCUUUUGACUAAUAACUAUGUUGAGGAUGAUGAAAAUAUGUUCAGAUUUAACUACUCGAAGGAGUUUCUCCGCUGGGCUCUUCAGCCACCUAGUUAUUUGAAGAGCUGGCAUAUUGGUGUCCGUGUAAAAAGUUCAAAGAAGUUAGUGGCUUUUAUAACUGGUGUUCCUGCCAGAAUGCGGGUUCGUGAUGAAAUUGUUAAAAUGGCAGAAAUUAAUUUCUUGUGUGUUCAUAAGAAGCUAAGAUCAAAAAGACUUGCUCCUGUCAUGAUUAAGGAGGUGACAAGGAGAGUUCACUUGGAAAACGUCUGGCAAGCUGCUUAUACUGCUGGAGUGGUUCUUCCAACACCAGUAGCAACUUGCCAAUAUUGGCAUAGAUCUUUGAAUCCUAAGAAGCUGAUUGAUGUAGGUUUUUCUAGACUUGGUGCAAGGAUGACAAUGAGCCGGACAAUCAAGCUUUAUAAGUUACCUGAGUCGACUGCUACCUCAGGGUUUAGAAAGAUGGAGCUCCAUGAUGUUCCUGCUGUUACUAGGCUAAUUAGGAACUAUCUCAGUCAGUUUAUUGUUGCACCUGAUUUUGAUGAAAAUGAUGUGGAGCACUGGCUUCUGCCAAAAGAAGAUGUGGUGGACAGUUUUGUGGUUGAAAGUCCUGAGACUCGUGACAUCACUGAUUUCUGCAGCUUUUAUACGCUUCCUUCAUCCAUCCUGGGUAAUCAGAAUUAUUCAAGUCUGAAGGCAGCUUACUCUUAUUACAAUAUUUCUACUAAGACUCCUUUGCUUCAGCUAAUGAAUGAUGCUCUAAUUGUUGCAAAACGCAAAGACUUUGAUGUCUUCAAUGCUCUGGAUGUCAUGCACAAUGAGUCUUUCUUGAGGGAGCUGAAAUUUGGGCCUGGGGAUGGGAAACUUCACUAUUAUCUUUACAAUUACCGGAUUAGACAAACAUUGAAGCCUGCAGAACUUGGGCUUGUGCUGUUAUAGUCUGGACGCUGAAAUUUAUAUUGCUUCUUGGACUAAUGAGAGGUUUCUCUUUUACAUUUUUAUUUUGUAGUAAACCUUGCUUAUCAUUUUGGUUGUAAGUUUGCAUCAACUACAACAGUCUGAGCCUAGAAUGUGGAUCUCAUUCUGCUGGUUGAACAAACAAAUUUUGUCAGUUUUCAAUGUUGUGAAUUUCUUAGGCAUUUAUGGAUUAUUGGCUCUUGUUACAAACUUGUCAAGACUCGGUCUGAAUAUUUGAAACCAUCCUUGUUUAAGGUA